GCUGCCCCGGACCCUCCCGCGGGCGCGCACCAGGCUCAACUCAGGCUCAGGACUGCCGGUAGACAUCUCCACUGCCCAGGAAUCACUGAACGUGCAGACAGCACAGCCUCCUCGGAAGGCCGGCCAUACCAGAGUCCUGCCUCGGCAUGGGCCUCGCCAUCGAGGCAGCUCCACUGUCUGUGCUGGUCUGAGGGUGCUGCCCGUCAUGGGGGCAGCCAUCUCCCAGGGGGCCCUCAUCGCCAUCGUCUGCAACGGUCUCGUAGGCUUCUUGCUGCUGCUGCUCUGGGUCAUCCUCUGCUGGGCCUGCCAUUCUCGCUCUGCUGACGUUGACUCUCUCUCUGAAUCAAGUCCCAACUCCAGCCCUGGCCCCUGUCCUGAGAAGGCCCCACCACCCCAGAAGCCCAGCCAUGAAGGCAGCUACCUGCUGCAGCCCUGAAGGCCCCUGGCCUAUCCUGGAGCCCAGGACCUAAGUCCACCUCACCUAGAGCCUGGAAUUAGGAUCCCAGAGUUCAGCCAGCCUGGGGUCCAGAACUCAAGAGUCUGCCUGCUUGGAGCUGGACCCAGUGGCCUAGAGUCUAGCAAGCCUGGCUCCAAUAGGAGCUCAGUGGCCCUAAGGAGAUGGGCCUGGGGUGGAGGCUUAUGAGUUGGUGCUAGAGCCAGGGCCAUCUGGACUAUGCUCCAUUCCAAGGGCCAAGGGUCAGGGGCUGGGUCCACUCUUUCCCUAGGCUGAGCACCUCUAGGCCCUGUAGGUUGGGGAAGCAAACUGGAACCCAUGGCAAUAAUAGGAGGGUGUCCAGGCUGGGCCCCUCCCCUGGUCCUCCCACUGUUUGCUGGAUAAUAAAUGGAACUAUGGCUCUAC